AUGCACGGAGCAGAAUCAUCCGCGGCACCGCGCCUAUGGCUGCUGAAGCACACGCAUCCAUCAACACGCUCAUACAGAACAUACUACCCCUUCAAAACACUCACCAAGACAACGUUCCGCCGAUUUCUCCCGCGAUUGGCAAAGAUGGCUGCACCAGCAGCCGCGGAGGUAGAGGUGGAGACGAAGCGUGACCUGUCGGUCCUGCAGAGCGGGCGUCCUGUCCCGGGGUGCCGGAACACGCCCGAGCUGCUCGCGGCGCACGAUGCGGUCACCGGAGGGAAGCCGUACUUCCGCUUCCCUCCCGAGCCGAAUGGCUUUCUGCAUAUCGGCCAUGCCAAGAGCAUGAACCUCAACUUUGGCAGUGCACGCGCGCACGGGGGCAAGUGCUACCUGCGCUACGACGACACGAACCCCGAGGCGGAGGAACAGAUCUACAUUGACGCCAUCAUGGAGAUGGUGGAGUGGAUGGGGUGGAAGCCGGACUGGGUCACCUUCUCCUCCGACUAUUUCGACCAGUUGCACGCCUUCGCCGUGCAGCUCAUCAAGAAGGGCAAGGCUUACGUCGAUCACAGCACGCCAGACGAACUGAAGCAGCAGCGGGAGCAGCGUGAGGACAGCCCGUGGCGCAACCGCAGCGUCGAGGAGAAUCUGUUGCUUUUCAAUCGCAUGCGCCAGGGCCGCUACGCCGAGGGCGAGGCGACGCUUCGCGUGAAGGCUGAUAUGAAGAGCGACAACCCGAACAUGCGUGACUUCAUUGCGUACCGCGUCAAGUACGUCGAGCACCCGCACAUCCACGACAAGUGGUGCAUCUACCCAAGCUACGACUUCACCCACUGCCUCAUCGACUCGCUCGAGGACAUCGACUACAGUCUGUGCACGCUGGAAUUCGAGACACGCCGCGAGAGCUACUUCUGGCUGCUGAGCGAGCUCAACCUGUGGCGCCCUCACGUCUGGGAGUUCAGCCGCCUCAACGUUACGGGCUCGUUACUCUCGAAGCGCAAGAUCAACGUGCUGGUGCGCGGUGGCAUUGUUCGCGGCUUCGACGAUCCCCGCCUGCUCACCCUUGCCGGGAUGCGUCGCCGCGGGUACACCCCAGCCGCAAUUAACCGCUUCUGCGAGCUGGUUGGUAUCACCCGCUCCAUGAAUGUGAUUCAGCUCAGUAUGCUGGAGAAUACCCUGCGUGAGGACCUUGACGAGCACUGCGAGCGCCGGCUUAUGGUCAUUGACCCAAUUAAGGUAGUGGUGGACAACUGGAAGGGCGAGCGAACCUUCGAAUGCCCGAACCACCCGCGCAAGCCGGAGCUUGGCAACCGCACCAUGUCAUUCACCGAUACGUUCUACGUUGACCGCAGCGACUUCCACACAGAGGACAACAACAAGAAGUUCUACGGACUGGCCCCAGGCCCGCGUGUGGUAGGCCUCAAGUACUCGGGUAAUGUGGUGUGCAACGGCUUCGAGGUGGACGCCGAGGGACGGCCGACGGUGAUUCACGUGGACAUUGACUUUGAGCGCAAGGACAAGCCAAAGACGAAUAUCUCCUGGGUGAGCGCGACAGCGUGCACACCGGUGGAGGUGCGCUUGUACACGGCGCUUCUCAGGGACGAUUGUGCCGCUAUCGACCCUGACUUUCUCAAAUUCAUCGACGAGAAGAGCGAAGUGGUGUCGCACGGGUACGCUGAGGAAGGCAUCAAGGGUUUAAAGCACUUCGAGUCCAUUCAGGUGGAGCGCUUCGGGUACUUUGUCGUCGACCCCGAUACCACGGCCGACCACCUCGUCAUGAAUCGAGUCCUGGGCCUGCGCGAGGACAAGGACAAGGCCACCGUGGCCGAGCCGGCGCCUGCGAAGAAGUAG